AGGUGCACGUCCGCGAUGCCAAGACUGACCUCAGGGCCAACCUCUGCUGCAUGACAUCACUCCGCCUCACGGGCUCGGAGUUCCAUCAAGGUCUGAGUCUCCCGCUGUGACCGAAGGCGAUGCCUCAUCAUCAUUCAUUCUCAGGCGGGCUCUCGGGGCAAACGCACACUCGCGCCGCUCCCCGGACAACUUAAACACCGUAACGACCGGCGACGUAAAGCGGUAUGAUGACGGAAGAGAGCAGGGGCAAGCGGAGGAAACAAGCCAAUCCCAGGAGGAACCGAGUGGAUGCUGAGCCAGUGAGUUCACUGGGAUCUGAGGGGGAGGAUGAGCUGGGCCUGUGGAGCCUGGAGCCCCAGGACUGCCAGGACAAGACCAGCUUGACGCCGAGCGAGGGCACGGAGGAGCCCGCUAGUCCUGCUCGCUCCACGCGGCCGCACAGCCUCAGCCCCGGCAGCAGGAGCUACUGGCCGCAGGAGGAGCAGGAGGCCGAGGCCGCAGAAGACGCCACCGGCGCAUCUGCCGCUGACAGGGAGGCAGACCAGGAACCUCUGAGGAUGUUCUGCAAGAACUCAGACUCCCAAAAUGGGUUGGAGGACCUGGCCCAUUAUAGAUUUCUGGCCCAGUUGAGGAAGGCCUCUACCUCAGCCAGUCUCUUGGACCACCUGAACCACAAUGGCACGGCAGCGGUGUACCACCCAGGAAGCAGUCACGAGGAGCUGCCACCUGCCAUCUGGUCACCAGGCGCUCAGCACCGCUCACCCGAGGGAGCAGAUGCAGGCAGGACCGAGCAGGCAUGUCCAUUUUGCCACAGAAUGUAUCAGCGAGGACCCUCUUUGAGGGACCACAUCAAGUACUGCCAGGAGAGGGAUGGGGGCCACAUGGUCUGCCCGCUCUGUGGAUACACUGCCACCCUUAGGGCGCAGAUGGAGCGGCACCUGGCUUUUCAUAACCAAGUGCAGGACAAGAGUGUCAUCACUUUGGAUCAAGGCAUUGAGACCAGGAAGUUCAAAUGUCUGCAGUGUGGGAAAGCAUUCAAGUAUAAACACCACCUCAAAGAGCAUCUCCGCAUCCACAGCGGUGAGAAACCUUACGAGUGCUCCAACUGCAAGAAACGGUUCUCUCACUCUGGCUCCUACAGCUCCCACUUAAGCAGCAAAAAGUGCCUGAGUGGUGGAGGAAAUGGAGGGGGAAACGCAGGAGGCGCCAGCGGUGCAUUUAAUGGACUUAGCCAAAGCCCCUACCACCACUCAUUUCCAACAUCUCCCUCUGCAGGUGUGGGCAGGAACAGUACUGACAAGGGCUCCCUGUUGGCUUCACAGACCCAAGAUCUUACCGGGCUUCUAUGUCGAGUCCCGGAGGAUCCUCACCAGCUUUCCCUGCAGGACCCCAACCACAACCCCGCCAGAGCGUCAGACCUGGCUCGUCUUUGGGACCCCUCAACAGAGCUCUCUCUGAGGGCCAGUAUCCUCAAAGGGACCACCCUGCUCCCUUAUCUGCACUCUGGGACCAAGUUUGAACAGAUGCUGCAGGAGAUGCUUCACAGGGAGGUGAGGAAAGAGGAGGAGAUGGACAUAGGAGUAGGAGGAGCUGCAAUGGAGGAAAGGAAGGUGAUUUACAACGAAGGAGGGCCCGACAGGAAGGUGUCGCCUGACCGGAGACGAGAAGCAGGGAGGUCAGGUGAAGGGGAGAGAGGUGUGCUUGGGAUGACGUGUCGUUGGUGCUCACAUAUUUUCCCCAAUGUGGCGGUGCUCCUGCAGCACGAGCGCUACCUCUGCAAGAUGAACCGAGAGGCGGUGGAGGCGCCCGAGGGACUCCGCAGCAAAGACCAUCCCUUGCCACCGUUAUUCUUCCCCAGAUCUGCUCUCCAACUGGAGAACAGCAAACCGAGCGAAGUAGCCAACAAGUCUGGAAACAAAUCCCCUUUGCAGAAGCCCAGUUGGCACUCUUUACCGCAGCAGCUUUUGGUGGCAAUGUACUCCCCUCCACAGCCCCACCAUGAUGCCCCCUCCUCUCAGGCGUACUGCUCCGGCCAAGAAAAGGGAAGCCCAAACCAACCGAUGAACCACUCCCCAGAGCUGUCAUCGCCUCGGGUCAGAAGGAGGGUUCCCUCUUCAGGUUUCGGUUCUCCAGUGUGCCUGGACUUCCCCAGCUGCCCUCCUGAACUGGCCUCCACUCAGAACCUGGCCAGCAGCCCCUGGUCUGCACAGAACGAGCCUCUGGACCUCUCCCUGCCCAAGCAGCUCUCAGACCAGCAGGGGAGGAACAAAACUGUAAACGGCAACUCAGGCAGAAGAGAGAGGAGGGAGCACAGGACCCAGCAGCUCAGGAGACCGAGUCCGAUGUCACACCUCUCCCUUCACCACCAUCCGGCCUACAGUGGGGCCGGAGCUCAUAUGUUUCCAGGUUCCCUAUAUAAUGGAUUUCCUAUCUUCAACCAGUCUGGUUUAGGGCUUUCAGGUCCUGAUGGCAACACAGGGAUUCCUUUCAGCCAGCAAGCUAGUAGCCCCGGGUUUCUCUCUCCUCUGGCUUACAUGAUGGAUGCCGACGCAGAGGCGACCCUGAAGAAGCUCCACCAGGAGAGACAAGCUCUCAUGGGUGAAGUGUUAAGCCACGGAGCUCUAGACUACCUUUCCCUCAUGGAUGAAGGACUGGAGGGAGAAGGGGGUCCCGGUAGGAAAAGACUGAAGAAGACCGACGAGGGGCUUUACGCUUGUGACAUUUGUGAAAAAACCUUUCAGAAGAGCAGCUCUCUGCUCCGACACAAAUACGAGCACACAGGUAAGCGUCCUCACGAGUGCAAGAUCUGCAACAAGGCCUUCAAGCAUAAGCACCAUCUGAUUGAGCACAGCCGGCUGCACUCUGGAGAGAAACCCUACCAAUGUGACAAGUGUGGCAAACGCUUCUCUCACUCCGGCUCAUACUCACAGCACAUGAACCACCGCUAUGCCUACUGCAGCAAGGACCAGGAUCCAGACCAAGACAACGAGGAAAUGCCUUUCACCCCAGGGGCGGGCAGAAAUAUGGAUGAGACCCCUCUGUCCAUGGAGGACACUCAGACGGCGCACUCCUUCCUCAGCGAUUCCAGUCUCGAUGGAGCUGCAGAGGCCCUCAAAGAGGAAGAAGAAGAUGAGGAAGAGGAUAAAGACGUAGGGGUUAGUGAUGGUCAUGUGGAAAAGGCACUAGUGGGUUUGUCAGCGGUAGCGGAGGAGCUAGGAGGUCCCCCCACCCUCGGAUCACCUAGAGCGGAGAAUGGAGUGCAAAACGAGAGAAAUGGUUAUGAUUUAGGAAACCACAUUGACAAAGCAGAGAGACAGUUCUGGGACAGAGCCACUGAGGGCCAGAACAGAGACUUGGACAACUGUGAACUUAGCCUGGAUUUAACAGAAUUACCCAGAAUAAAAAUUUAAGAUGUCUUCAACAAGCCAAUACAAUGCAUAUAUUAUCUAUAUAUAUAUUAAGAAUUUUUUGUACACUUUUUCUUUCAUGUGUAUAUAUAUAUAUAAAACUGAUUUUAUUUUUAAUGACGUGAGAAAAUGCACAGAACUUCCAAAGCAUAGAAGUGGAUGAAGCCAUACGAACAAACAUAUAUGUGACAAUACGAAGUAUUUUAUCAUGCAAAAUAGACUUAAUGUACAUACAGCGCCUUUUUUUUGUAAUUGUUUUUGUUUGCCAGGACAGCUAAAACACAUUUGGGUUGACUCAUGUAUCCAGAUGUGGCAUUGCAUAAAUCUCACUUUUUAUUCGCUUGCUGCUGCUGACUGUUGCACAACCCAUAAAGAAGAGGCCUUUGUAUUUUUAUGCCCAGGAUCCAGUUGGAUUUGCUUGAAAAAUUGUGACUCGGUGAAUGAAGGAAAGGAUUGAUUACAAUAAUAGGAAUACAUCUACUGUUACUUUAGCAUGCCAUUAAACUUAGAGAUUAGAUACAGUCAUAUCAAUCAGAUUUGCUUGAUGCUCAGUUAGUAUAUUUAUUAUUGUGCAAGUAACAUUCAAUAUCCUGUGGUAUUAUUUCAUACAAACCCAUACCUCUAUUUUAAGAAAUGAACAAUAACGUGUAACAUGUUUGACAUGAAAAUACAAGCAUGCAUGCAUUGAGCUAUUGAGGGCUUGAGCUUGUAUGGACGUACUCCUUUGUAUCAUUUGUGCUGUGAAAUAACAAGGUACAACCCCCUCAUCUCUUCAGGGUCACUAAGGUGUUCAGUGGCUUUGAAUUAUCAGCAGUCAUUUUUCACAGCAAUUUUAGCAGUUGAGAGGAAGCGGUACAAAGAGGAAGAACUGGAAGGUGGUUGUUUAUUUAUUUUUUUAAACAAAAAGCAGAAUGUAAUGCUUUGCUACGGGACAGUGAUUCCUGCAUCUCUGUAUGUUAAAGGGGGUAAAAAAAGAAAGUCGGUUUUGGGGGAUGCUCCUUCGAAUCAAAACGUGCACUGCCUCACUGUAUCAUAAUCACAAAGAGCUGCUUCAUUUCAUCUGAUGCGGAAAUAUCACCUAUUUCCCGUUAUAAUUUACAUGUGCCAUCUUCUCACCGCCCCUGGAAACUAAAAUAGGCCACACAUUUAGGCUGCCUGUUGAGGUGUGGCGAGAGGGUCAAGACUCAGGACACAGACAUCAGCUCAUAACUUCCUCUUUCUCACUGCAGUGUGGUCGAUGUGAAAUGCGCCUCAGAUGUACUCAAGACUGUGAGUAAUCCGACAGAGCCUUGGUAAGACGAGAUACGACGAUGGUGCAUGAGGUGUGACUAAACCUCGAGCAUUAAUGCAUACCCUGCCUCUUUAUGGUCAUAAUGUGUGUGUGUGUGUGACACGCCAACUGCCAUCUUCGUCGUGCGUAGUUCCUUACCUGUUAUUUCUGGGUCAACAUUCCUCGGUUUACUUUCCCUCAGCGUCUGCACACUUCUUUUAAAAUGUUGCAAGCAAUGUUUGAAAAAAUAUAUAUUUUACUGGCACCCAUGCAACUUUUGUAUUCACUUUUUAUAUAUGUUUUAUAAUGAAUAUAAUAAAAUUGUACAUACCUUGUCACAAUAA